GGUCUCUUGGACUAGGUGGGCUUUAUGGACUGGGCCGUUUUGCAUUUAUCAUUAUGAACCACUAGUGUCCACUGUAUUCCUGCUCUUAUUACUGUUGCUCUUCAUAAAGUGCCUCUGCAAUGAUUAGCUUUGAAGUUAUGCGAACUUCCGGAAGCAUUUUACUAAUAGUGACAUUGUGCACAUCAGCAUAUGCUCUUGAUUGCACCACCUUCAAACAAGAAUGGAUGAAAUUACGGUAUACUAUACUAACAGGAGUUCAUAGUUCAACUAUCAUUGGUCCUACAUCAAACAUUUGUCCUGUAACCGGUACUUCCUGUUGUGAUGUAAGCAUGGAACAUGAAAUGUACUCAGUGGGUCAGCGUCAACUUAUAAAGCAAACCAACUCAUGGUUACAAGUUGCCUGGAAAAUGAGCAAUGAUAGUGCCGUGCUUGAAUCAAUUUUUCAAGCUGAUUUAAAACAAGCUAAAGGACGUUUACAUCAAUUUUUCAGUCGGAUUUAUGGAUACAAUUAUAAAUUGCAUAAAAAUUUCUUCUUCGGGUUUUUCACCGAUUUAGAACAAUAUAUGGCAGGUCAGCGGGGUCAGCUCGGUGUGUUAAUCAAAAAUUUCUUCAGUCAACUUCGUGACAGUAUAGUUAGUUUGAUUGAAAAAUCUGGGCAGGUUAAUUCCAGUCCUCCUUUCAGCUCGAUUUCGCCUAACACUGGCUCGUUUGGUAACAGCCUUCCUGGGGUUGGUGGUACUGAUGAAGCUAGUGAAUCUAGGCGAAUUCGUUGUUUAUCUGAAAAGAUUGCGCAGUUACAUCCGUUUGAUGAUGUAGAUGUCCGACUUCACGCUCGUAUGUUGGAAGCUUAUCCACCCGCUCGUAUGUUGGUCAAUGUUUUAUCUGUUACCAGCAAAUUAUUACACUAUCUGGUUGAUCAGGUUGUAGCUCAAUCUCAAUGUAUUUUGGGCAUUACACGUUAUCGAUUUUGUGCUAUAUGCGAGGCUCAGUCACUUAAUAAUGUCUGCCCUGAAAGUUGUUCACAAUUACUAGCCGGAUGUUUACAUGUUGAUGGUCCAGAUGAAACACAAUUGGCGUAUAUUUGGCCUCAAUUAAUUGAUACAAUCAUCAUGGGAACUAAUCGGUUGGAAAGAUCAUUCAACUUUCCUGCAGUAAAUCGUAAUCUUCAAAUGGAAAUAUCUGAAGCAAUAACUAGUUUACAAACACGUUAUAGUGAAACAAAAUCUAAGUUUGAAUCCGAAUGUCGAUUUGGUUCUGCCGGUCGACGAAUGCCAACAUUGUUCGAUCCUAUUGGACCCCCUCAUAGCAGUCAGGAAAAUCGUUCAAAUCACUCAGACAUCUCUAGAUGGUCAAUGAUAUCUAAUUUGAAUAGACGCUUAAAUAGAAUAGCUCGUUCAUCAUCUUAUCCACAAUCAUCAACUGUUUCUCAAGAAUUCCUUGACUGGCAAACACGACAACGACCAUCACAAGUCACUUCUAGUAACAAUCGUUCAAAAAAAAGAGAUUAUAGUCAACAAAGGACUAGCAGAGCAUCUGAUGACUGGGAUGCCUCAGACAACGAGAAUCCUAUGAAUGCUCCAAAUGAUCUCGUUCGUCAAGUCAAUGAAAUCAAACAAGUUUAUUCAUCUCUACGUGAUCUGUUCAGUGGUGCAGCUGGUAGCUUAUGUCCUACUAAUUCAACCACUAUGAGUAAUGGGAAUUCGUCUCAUGUUAAUCAAAGCACCCAUUGUUGGAAUCCACCUCGUAUACCCGAUACGGCCCCAGAUGCUGGAAUUACACAAAUUUUAGCCCAACUUUAUGAAGCUUCCAAAAGAUUGCACGAAGCCUCAACCAAUACUAAAGACCCAGAUACUUUAGUUGUCAAACCGCCUCCUAGAUCGAAUUCUGCUCCUAGUACUUACUCAAGAAAUGAUCAAAACAGUUAUUUGUCAGCUAGUUUAACUGACCCUCUCUCAGCAAAUCAAUUUCUUGCACAGGACCAAUGGCAAGAUCCUAAGCAGUCUAGAGUGGAUAAUUCAUACGAAACGGAAAGAAAUAUUAGAAUCAAAAGUGGAAGUGGAAAUCAACCGAAUACUUUACAAUAUCCAGAUGAUUCUCUAUCCCAAACUUACGAGCAGUCAUCGAGUCGAUUCAAUAAUAUGUUUACUGACGACAAUCAAAGUAAAAACGAUCCUCGUAUGUACGGUUCUGUUAUGAAUGCUGAUACUAAAAGAACAGGAAUUAAUCAAGGUACAGAUUCAAAUAGGUACUAUGAUCGAAAAUCUGCACAACAAUGGUCACAGAAAUCUAGUGGGCGCAAUAAUUGGGGUAAUGUUGAUCAUCAAAGAAAUAAAUGGAAAUCUAGUGGUUCCACAGACUUCAACAUACCAAUUUUUCAAGAACUCACAACCGAAUUGGGACAGUUAACAACGGAAAUGACGACAACAACAACUAUGACGAUGACGUUUUCUCCAACUACUGUUACAGCUUCCGCUGUGUUACUAACUAAUGCCACGAGAUUAGUUACAACAUCAAGUGCAUUAGAAAAACCAAGUGAUUUGUCAUCACUGGAAGUGAAGGAUAUUGUUACAGAAAGUGUUACAAGACAAACACCUCUUACUGUCCGGACAGAUUCUGCAUUAGAUAGGCAUCCACAAACUACAACACAACGUUACAUAGACCCAACGUUGAAAUCAGGCACAUACACGGAAUCACUUUUACCGUCAACUGACCAAUCAAGCAAUAUUGGAUUUUUGCCAGACGAUGAGGACAAUACUCAAGUGAUCUCAAGACAAAUGCCUUAUCAAACACCUGGUUCUCAAAAUAUUAAUUCUUGGCAUCAAACCUCUGAGGUUUCUCAACGUUUUGGCGAAGGCUCCGGAAAUCGAGGCAGUGGUAAAGCACCACCAGUCCUUACACCACAAUAUCAAGGGUCCAGAGAUUUAUGGCCACAGUCCGGCAGAGAAUCGGCAAUCCCCAACGCCGCAGAUACGCGUUACACUGAAGACUUUAUUGGUCCCCAACCAGACAAAAAUUUAGCUUUCUAUCCAAGCACGCAAGAGCCAGAAAAUCGAGGGGAUGAAGAAGCUUGGAACGUUUCUCCCGAUAAGUUAGCUUCAGGGUUUCUGGAAGGAGUUAGUGGAAUGGGCCCCAACAUAGAGUGGAAUGAGGACAAAAACGAUCACCACACAGGCUCGUCACAGUGGCAAGGUGCAUCGGGAAGUAGUAGGAGUGGCAACACAGUUCCUGAGGAUACACCCAUACUGCAUCCCCCAACUCAGCCAACGCAACCACCUAUCCCACCGCGGGUCGAUAAUAUUCCGGAGACCCUUCCACAACCACCCCUGCCACCUCCAGAAGUGUGGGUACCAGCAAAGUUAAGCCCCGGACAGCCGGUGCCACCCAUAUUGCUAAUACGAGAAUAUAGUGUUGAAGGUCCCCUAUACGAAAAGGAAGACACUGUCUCUCAAACCUACAACUCAGCAUCCCACCAACAGUUAAUCACGUCUAUAUUUUUACCUCUAAUCAUUAUAUUUAUCCUUUAAACAGAACAAUGACUUUCUCAGUUACAUUUUCUUGAAAUGUACAUAGGCACAUUUGAUAGCCUUUGCUCAAAAUGUAUUUACAUGUAUCUUGUUAACAUUUUGAAUUGCUUGUGUUCUCUUAAUAUUCAUUUUUACUCCAUCGAUCUAAAGCUUUGCAUUUAUACAAGGUCACAUGUUUAAAAAUAUAUAUCCUACACAGACCUAAACUCGCAUUUACAUCUUUUUCAGAGGAACUAAGCAUUAAAUAAAGGUGACUUGGCGUAACAAAAUCAUUCUUUGCAUUUGAAAAAAAAGAAAGACGUCAUUAGUAUAAUAUAAUGAGGUUAUA